AUUUUGCUAGACCAAGGUGCUGAUCCAACAAUCCCAUUACCAGAUGGUGAGACACCUCUGCAUUGGGUGGCUCAGAGUGGGAAUGUUGACCUAAUGGAGGAACUAUUGAGCAGAAGUGCUAAUCCGAAUAUUUCUGAUACCGAGGGACAGUCUCCAUUACACCGGGUUGCAUACACGAGGGAUUGUUUAAUCGCCAGUCCCCUCAUCAAGCAUGCAGCACACACAUCGAUGGUCGACACCGAAGGCCACAGCACAAUAUACUAUGCAGCU